UCCCAUUUUAUUCUUUAUCUCCAGAUCUCAAAUCAUCCAGAACAUAUUUCUUCAUCUCGGAGCAGAUCUAAAAUCCUCCAUAUGUUUUUUCAGUCUGAUGGAAGGGUUUGUCUUGAAAAAUUGAUCAAAUCCUUGGAGAUGUUUUUUCACCACCAUAAGAUCGAAAAACCACCAGAAGAUGGAAGAACCACCAGAAAAUGGAAGAUCUAAGUCAAGGGUGAUACACACAGGGAUCCCACCUGAUGCUGCAAAAUAAAAAAAAAAAACCUUCCACUCACAGCUGAUUAGGCGAGUACACACCACGCGCCCAAGAGGUAUUUUGGAUUUUUGAGAUUUGGGUUUUGACGAAGAUGUGGAAGCGUACACGAAAUGUUUACAGAGAAUGCCUGAAGCUUAUCCCACACACCAAAUUUUCUAUAUGGUUGCUUGCUGCACAAUGUGAAAUCAGGCAAUUGAAUCUCACCGGUGCACGGAAGAUAUUAGGAAAUGCGAUUGGGAACGCUCCAAAAGAUAAGAUCUUCAAGAAAUAUAUUGAGAUCGAACUCCAGUUGGUAAACAUAGAUAGAUGUAGAAAAUUAUACGAGCGGUAUCUUGAAUGGUCUCCUGAGAAUUGCUACGUUUGGAGAAGCUAUGCUGAGUUUGAGAUGUCUCUUGCUGAAACAGAAAGAACGAGCUAGAGCUAUCUUUGAACUUGCAAUAUCUCAGCCUGCUCUAGACAUACCUGAGCUGCUAUGGAAGAUGUACAUUGAUUUUGAGAUAUCAGAAAGGGAAUUAGAGAGGACACGGGCUUUAUAUUCAGAUUAGGCGAGUACACACCACGCGGCAAGAGGUAGUUACACACCACGCGGCAAGAGGUAGUUGGAUUUUGAGAUUUGGGAUUUGACGAAGAUUUCCCGCCUCCCUUAUAAAUAUCCAGCGUCAACACUCUCUCCCUCUCUCUCUCUCCCUCUCUCUCAUCUUCGUACGCGCAUUGUGAUCUCACAGAGAAAGGCGGUUAUCGAAGGUUUCCAAGUUAAUCUGAAGUUCGUUUUCUCGAGAAGAUUAAUGGCGAAGGGAGAGGAUCUGGACGGCAGACCGAUUAAGCCGAUCACGAUAUGCAUGAUUGGUGCCGGAGGUUUCAUCGGCUCACAUCUUUGUGAAAAGCUGAUGAAGGAGACACCGCACACGGUGCUUGCGCUCGACGUUUACGACGAAGACAAGAUCAGUGCGCUCGACGGUUACGACGAUAAGAUCAAGCAUUUGCUCGAGCCGUAUACGGUUGAAUGGAAAGGUCGGCUCCAGUUUCAUCGCAUCAACAUCAAGGAUGGUGAUUCGAGAUUUGAAGAACUUAUCAAGAAGGCGGAUCUGACUAUAAAUCUUGCUGCGACCUGUACUCCAGCUCCUGCUGAACGCAAUACGCGUACUCGUGAUACUAUCUACAGCAAUUUCAUGGACGCAGUUCCAAUAGUUAAAUGCUGCUCUGAGAACAAGAAACGUCUCAUUCACUUUUCGACGUCUGACGUAUAUGGUGAAACCAUAGGAAGCUAUCUUCCCAAGGAUGACCCCCUGCGUGAGGAUACCUCCUUCUCUGUUCUUAAAGAAGAUAUGUCCCCUUGCAUACUUGGUUCGAUUGGGAAUAUAAGGUGGGCAUAUGCUUGUGCUCAGCAGCUUACUGAGAGACUCAUUUACGCUGCGUUUGCCGGGCCUGAGAAUAGCCUUGAGUAUACCAUUGUAAGGCCAUUUAACUGGAUUGGACCUAGGAUGGAUUUCAUCCCCGGCAUUGAUGGUUCUAGCAAUGGUGUCCCACGUGUUCUCGCCUAUCAUCUUAUACGCGAGGAGCCUCUCAAGCUUGUGGAUGGUGGAGAAUCACGGAGAACUUUUAUCUACAUCGAUGAUGCUAUUGAAGCCAUCCUGUUGAUGAUUGAAAACCCAGAGAGAGCAAAUGGCCAUAUCUUCAAUGUAGGCAACCCGAACAAUGAAGUUACAGUACGACAGCUUGCUGAAAUGAUGGCAGAGGUUUACGCAAAAGUGAGCGGAGGUGAAGCCAUUGAGAACCCGACGGUUGAUGUUAGCUCAAAAGAAAUUUACGGGAAAGGUUAUGAAGACAGUCACAAGGGAAUUCCAGAUACAACCAUCAUUAACCGCCAACUCGGAUGGAACCCGACGACAUCACUCUGGGACUUGCUCGAGUCGACCUUAACCUAUCAGCACAGGACCUACGCAGAAGCUGUGAGGAAUGAGCAAAUAGAAGAAAAUAAACAGAAAUUGAGGCAAAGAUCUGAAAGGAAGGACAAGAAAAGACAAAAAAAAAAUAAGGACAAAAUGACUGAAUUUGCAGCUCAGAAGAAGGUAGAUAAAUCCAAUGCUACUAAGAAGAACCAGGCAAAUCGCAGCAAGGGAACAGGAAAAAAAGGGGAAAAUGUAGCCAUUGAGGACGAUAAGUACUAAGUUUUUUUUGUUUUGGGUUGUUGUCUACAAAUUUUUUGAGUGGGUUGCUUUAUUUUCCUGUUCUUUAAAGUGUUAACCGUUCCUGUACUAUUAGCUGGCCCAGAAGACGAAACCGGUUGCUUUCUUUUCCUCCCACUUUGUUGAACUUUCUCUUGUUAGAACACUCAGAAUUUGUUUUCAUUCUCUUUACCUCUCACUUUCUCUGUUU